AUGGCUGGCAAACCAUCCUCUUCCUCUCCUGAGCCACCUCCACCCCCGCCGGAGCAGUACCUCCAGGAAGAGGGAGAGGUCAAUACUUCACAUCUCCGGCAGCGCCGCCAUAAGUCUGGAACCAUAAAGGGAAUUGAUCAUACUCGUGAUUAUUGGGAACGUCAGGGGGAGCGUCCAAAGGGCAUCAUCAUCGCCUUUGCGUACCGCAUGACAAAAGACAAACCCGUCAUCAAGCAGAUGUCAGUGAUUCAAGCUCGUGAUGCUGGCUUCAACGACACAUACAGUUAUGAGAAACAGGGGACGUCUCGAACUGGGCAUAAAGAGGGAGCCUUCCUUUGUUCAGCUGUAAAGGUUCUGGCGGGGGAGACCAAGUUUGGUGUACCCGCAACGAAGCGCAAAGUUAUUCGAAUAUUCGUAUUCCGUUCACAAUCUGCUGACGGCCAGGGCUUUGAUCCCGUCACCCCACUUGCCCGAUUCUAA